GCAGGGACCUUUUUAAGCGCAGCUAAAGUCACAGGGAGAAUCGGAUGCUCUGUUGGCAGAUGUGCUGUGCGAUUCCCCCCCUGCUUCCUUUCUCUUUUUAAUUGCUCCUUAGCACCUUAGGAUGCCUCUUCCUCCUUGCCUUCUCUUUAAACAGCUGCAAAGAGGGAGGGAUCACCCAGACCAGACAAAUCCUCCUUGCUAAAGAAGACACCCUGGGUCCUACAGCCUCUCUCCUCCUGGGCUCUGGAUUUCUCCAAAGCGCUGUCUCGCUCCGUCCCCCCAUGCUGCUGCUACCCUGAGACCCAUCUCCGGCAACCAACCCCUCCCUCAGAGCUGUCACUCACCGCCUUUGCUCCUUGGCCAUGAAGAACACAGUCCGGCUCUUUCUCUUCGCGGUGGUGGCUUCUUGCAUGAAGGGUGGUGACGCGGCCGAUGCUGAAGAGAGACUGAUGAACCACCUGCUCAACGGCUCACGCUACAACAACUUAAUUCGCCCGGCCUUCAACUCCUCACAGUUGGUGGUGAUAGAACUAGAAGUCUCCCUGGCCCAGCUUAUAAAUGUGAACGAACGCGAGCAAAUUAUGACCACCAACGUCUGGCUUAAGCAGGAAUGGAUCGACUACCGCUUGGCUUGGGAACCCUCUCGAUAUGAAGGCAUCGACAAGCUGAGGAUACCUGCGAAAAAAGUUUGGCUGCCGGACAUUGUCCUUUACAAUAAUGCCGACGGCACCUACGAAGUCUCCGUCUACACCAACGUGAUCGUCAAGAACAACGGGAGCAUCUUCUGGCUGCCUCCCGCCAUCUACAAAAGUGCUUGCAAGAUCGAAGUGAAGCAUUUCCCGUUCGACCAGCAAAACUGCACGCUGAAGUUCCGCUCGUGGACUUACGACUACACGGAAAUCGACAUGGUCCUCACGAGUGGGAAGGCCAGCAUGGACGACUUCACCCCUAGCGGCGAGUGGGAUAUCGUGGCGCUCCCGGGGCGGAGAACCGUGAACGCCUUGGACCCCAACUACGUGGACGUGACCUACGACUUCAUCAUUAAGAGAAAGCCUCUUUUUUAUACGAUCAACCUCAUCAUACCGUGCGUGCUGAUCACGUCCCUGGCCAUCCUGGUGUUCUACCUGCCUUCCGACUGUGGGGAGAAGAUGACCUUGUGCAUCUCCGUAUUGCUCGCCUUGACUGUGUUCUUGCUGCUGAUCUCCAAGAUCGUCCCCCCGACGUCACUCGACGUCCCGCUGAUCGGGAAGUACCUGAUGUUUACGAUGGUCCUCGUGACGUUCUCGAUCGUCACCAGCGUCUGCGUCCUGAACGUCCACCACAGGUCCCCCAGCACCCACGCCAUGCCGCCGUGGGUGAAGGUGGUCUUCAUCGAGAAGCUUCCCAACUUCCUGUUCAUGCAGCGCCCGGAGAACAACUCGGCAAGACAACGGCUGUACAACCGGAAGAAAAACAAAACGGAGUCGGUCUGCACCGACCUCUCCGACCUGUACAAGGGCCCGACCUAUUUUGUGAACACGGCCUCGGCCAAAAAAUACGACUUGAAACUGAUAGAGAGUUCGGACAACAUGGGCAGCCACCAGGACGUCCGGCUGAGAUCUUCGGCCAAGUUUUCUCCUGAGGUUCAAGAAGCCAUCGACGGAGUCAGUUUCAUAGCUGACCACAUGAGAAGCGAAGACAACAACGAGAGCGUCAUCGAAGAUUGGAAAUACGUUGCCAUGGUAGUGGACAGACUGUUUCUUUGGGUGUUUGUCUUCGUCUGCAUUCUAGGGACCGUCGGAUUGUUCCUACAGCCUCUCUUCCAAAACCACACCAUCGCGGUGCACCCAUAAGACGGCUGAAUCCAACAACGACCUCAGCGGUUUUUAGUCACCCGUGGGUUGUGCUCUGAAGUCCAGAAUUGCCAUUUCAGAGUCCGGGUCACUUAAAUUACUCAGAUUUUCUACCGAUAAGAUAUGCAGCAUCAUGAUUUUAUUUGAUUUACUUGUUUCAGGUGGGCUUAUACCCUCUUCCUCUCUCAGGCCCCAAAUACCUUUUUUCUCUGGGCCUAGUACAGCUUUGUAAUAUGCAUCCCGUCCAUGAAUACACAACCUAUCGGUAUGAGCACAUCAGCUGUGAAUCAUGACCAAAUAACUGCAUUUAUGGAACGAUAGGUAAGAUGCCUAGGGUACCCAACUUCCAGGUAGUGGCUGGACAUCUCCUAGGGCAGUGAUGGCGAACCUUUUCGAGACCG